ACAAAAGUAAGCCCGCUGUCAAUGGAGGAGGACAUUGAUACCCGCAAGAUAAACAACAGUUUCCUGCGCGAUCACAGCUAUGCAACAGAAGCUGACAUUAUCUCAACAGUAGAAUUCAACCACACAGGAGAAUUACUAGCGACAGGGGACAAGGGGGGUCGUGUUGUAAUAUUUCAACGUGAGCAGGAGAGCAAAAAUCAGCCCCAUCGCAGGGGAGAAUAUAAUGUUUACAGCACAUUCCAGAGCCAUGAACCUGAGUUCGAUUACCUGAAGAGCUUAGAGAUAGAGGAGAAGAUCAAUAAAAUACGAUGGCUCCCACAGCAAAAUGCAGCCUAUUUCCUUCUCUCCACCAAUGAUAAAACUGUGAAACUAUGGAAAGUCAGUGAACGAGAUAAAAGACCAGAGGGCUACAAUCUCAAAGAUGAAGAUGGACGGCUCCGAGACCCCUCCACAAUUACCACACUACGGGUACCUGUGCUAAGGCCCAUGGAUUUAAUGGUGGAGGCAACUCCCAGAAGAGUCUUUGCAAAUGCACAUACCUAUCAUAUCAAUUCCAUCUCUGUGAACAGUGACUAUGAAACCUACAUGUCAGCAGAUGACUUGAGGAUAAACUUAUGGAACUUUGAAAUAACCAAUCAAAGUUUUAAUAUUGUAGAUAUAAAACCAGCAAACAUGGAAGAGUUGACAGAAGUGAUUACAGCUGCAGAAUUCCAUCCACAUCACUGUAACACCUUUGUCUACAGCAGCAGCAAGGGGACAAUAAGAUUGUGUGACAUGCGAACGUCUGCUUUGUGUGACAGACACUCCAAAUUUUUUGAAGAGCCCGAAGACCCAAGUAACAGAUCUUUUUUUUCUGAGAUCAUCUCUUCAAUUUCUGAUGUAAAGUUCAGUCAUACUGGGAGGUACAUCAUGACCAGGGAUUAUCUCACUGUCAAGGUGUGGGAUCUGAAUAUGGAGAACAGACCUAUUGAGACAUACCAGGUUCACGAUUACCUCCGCAGCAAGCUGUGCUCCCUCUAUGAGAACGACUGCAUUUUUGAUAAAUUUGAAUGUGUAUGGAAUGGGUCAGACAGCGUCAUCAUGACUGGCUCGUACAACAAUUUCUUUAGAAUGUUUGAUCGCAACACCAAGCGUGAUGUGACUCUCGAGGCCUCAAGAGAAAACAGCAAACCCCGUGCCAUCCUGAAGCCCCGCAAAGUUUGUGUGGGGGGCAAAAGGAGGAAAGACGAAAUUAGUGUGGACAGUCUGGACUUUAGCAAAAAGAUCCUGCAUACAGCUUGGCAUCCUUCAGAAAAUAUAAUAGCAGUGGCGGCAACAAAUAACCUGUAUAUAUUUCAAGACAAGGUUAACUAGGAGGGGGAAAAGAUGUUCCUUGGGAAUCUAAUGUUCUGGAGACUAGCAAACAAACGUUUUUUAAAGUUUUGUGGGUUUUUUGUCCUGUUUUCUUCUUCUCCUUGUUUUUCUCAUCAUUCCUCUGCAGAUACUAACUAUGUAGAGGCAAACACUCAGAUUCCAACAUUUAUUGCUUUCCCCCCAAUAUAAGAGAAAUUGGGCUGGCAAAGCACAUUAGGAACCAUUGAAUUCUAAGUCCUGAGAGCGACCAAGCUGCCUACUACAACAGUGAGCUUGAAUUAUGUACGCUUUCAUUUUCCCCAGUAACUCCUGAUAGAUGUAGCUCCUUUACAAAGAUUAUUUGUAAUCUAGAACAAAGGUAAGAUUAUACAACUAUAUUUACAAAAAAGACAAAAACUCAACCAAGGCCAUAAAACAAAGAUGUAUUGCAUUAAGCUCUCUCUCUUUUUUAAAUUACUUUGGAGAUUUUUCUUUUCUUUUGUAUUGUUUGGAAACAGGAGUUAAGAUUCCUGUUGGUUCAUUUCUUGUAACUGACCGUUUACCUUUUUAAAGUGAUGUGUUCCUUUUUAUUAACUCAGGGCCUUUCCAGAUGAUCAUUUAUUGUGCACAUUUACCACACAAUGAAUGUUUUCCUGUAACUCAGUUCUUAUGAGAGGUACACCUUUUUUUUUUUUGCCCCAGAUUGCACAUUGGAUUAUAAGACCAUAAGGCUGCAGCCUGCAAAAACACCGUGUUCAAUUUUUCACCCUUCCACUAAAGGACUCACUGCCUUGGAAGUGCAAUGAAGUCUAGUUGCACAACUCUCAUCGUCACCUGCUGAGUAGCGUCUGUGACAUCAGAGGUGACCUACGAUACAUCUUCACUUUGGCCAUACCACUAACUUACUGACAUUAGGAACAGAUGAGGACCGUUAAGGCCAGACUAAUCCAUCUAAGGCUUUCUGACUUCCUUCUCUUUCUCUUCUCCCCUUAUAUUUAGUUCCAUUCUGUUGAUUCUUCAGUCCCAGUAUUGGAAUAUAAAUGCAACCGUCCUUUUUUGAAAACAAGAUUCUUUUUUUUAAUAUUUAGGAAUUAGGUGAGCCUCCCCAGUUCCGUCCCGCCCUGUCCCAUCCCACUCAGCAUAGAAGAGCUGUUUCCCUUCCAAGAAUGCAACUGCGUUUGGACAGGAGACGGCGCUACUGUUGCUGAAUGCAGGCGAGUGCAGCUUUAUACUAAAGGGCAGAAAGCCCUGUGUUGUUAUCUGGAAAGGGCCUCAGACAGGAAGAACAAAGACAAGACAGAAGGAGCAGGUUUGCAGCAGGAACAUUUCGACUCAUCAUUCAUGAAGGGCCAGGGACACUACUGCAUGCUGCAGCCUGCCUUCAUGAUUCCCCACAAAUGGCCUCUUACGGAUUUGGCUGAGUCAAUCCUUUGGUGCCUUUUGAUGGUAUACAAAAUACCUUAGACACAAUGCUUCCGAAACAUGGUAUUUGCAAACCAAAUUGAAUCUGAGCUUUCUUCUGCAAUUCCUGUAAUUUUGUUUUGUUUUUUGUUUUUUGUUUUAUUUUUUAGUACUGAUUUUGCUUUGGAUGAGAAAACUCAGAACACUUCUCUUUUAAUCUCUUGCAUGUCAUAAAUAUA